AUGAAAAUUAAGAACUUGGAAGAUGCAGAGAGGCUGAUCAAAAAGGACAUUGAAUUGAGACGAGAACAUGCCGUUGGAGCAGCUGGUUCAGAAAUUGCUAAUGCGUUAAAUAACCUUGCUCUCAUAUAUGAAGAAGGUGGGAAAUGCGACGAAGCGAUAAAGGCAUACGAAGAUUCGAUCAAGUUGAAAAGAGAAAGCGGAAAACUUGAGAAAAGUUUGAGUUUAAUGGAGGAGGCUAUCACAAUCAGCCGAUCAAGCUACUCAUCUUCUCAUCCCUCCUUGGCAGUUGCUAUAAGUUUUCUUUCCUCUACGUACGAUUUACUUGACAAAAAAGAUGAAGCUAUGAAAUUGGCAAAACAAGUUUUUGAUAUUGCAAGUGUAUCAUUACCAUCAUCACACUGUCAUUUGGCGUCGUAUAUGAACGGUAUCGGUGAUUGUUUUGAAUAUCGAGGUGACUACAACGAAGCCAUUGUGUGGUAUGAGAAAUCUCACCAAUUGCUGCAACAACUACGUUCUUCGCCUACGCGAGACGAAAUCUUUGCAACAACUCUUAUCAAGCUUGGUAAUUACUUCAGAGAAAACGAAAAACUUGAAAAGAGUGCAAAUUUACUGGAGGAGGCCACGUACGACCUUUUGGACGAAAAAGAGAAAGCAUUGCAACUUGCAAGGAAAGAGUAUGAGAUAUCAACCGGGUCGCUGCCGCCGUCACAUCCAACUUUGCAGCAUUCCAAAGCGGCCAUACACUUGACGGUCAAAAUGCUUUUGAAUCAUUCUGAAUGGGACGUUACGUAUAAUAAUGUGUUCGACAAUGAAGUCUUCUGUGAAAUGCUUUGCGACAAACUGCUGCCUGCAUCUUACGAUGUUACAGAUAUGAAUGCUAUGGGAAACUGCUAUCGAUCACUAGGAAUCUAUGACGAAGCCAUAUUGUGGCAUGAGAAAGCUCGAAAAUUGCAUCUAAAACAAGAUUACUCGCCUAAUAGAGACCAUGACGUUGCUAGAAAUUUGUAUUUAUUGUCUCUCGAUUAUGGCGAGAAGAAAUGUUGGACAGAAGCCAUAAAGCUGUGUUUGCAUUCCAUAGAAAUGGAACAAAGGCGCAUCUUUCCAAAUCGUACUUUUAUUGCUAUUUGUAUGAUGCGAUUAGGUUCGUAUGAAAUCAAGACCGCAAGACUAGAAGAGUCUACGACUCAUUUACAAACUGCCUUAUCGUUUAUGCAAGACCAACUACCUACUAGUCAUUACACAGCAGAUUGUCACUUUUUCCUUGCUACGUUAUUCCUUGCCAUGCAAGAAGCAUAUCAAGCCAGUCUACAUGUAGACAAAUGUCUUAAGAUACGAAAAACGGUUUUUCCUGAUUGUCACAGAAAGAUAAGGGAAGCCGAGUGUCUAAAACAAGACAUUAGAGGGCUGAAAGAAAAGCUAGUGACUGACAUGAUAUUCGUACUUUUCAGAUUGUGUGUUGCCGUUUGCUUGUGUACUUGUUAA